AUUUUUAUUUGUCAAAACACAGAAACAUAGGUGUGUGUUGAGACAAUCUUACAUCUGAUCAAGUGACUAUUGAAUCAGUGUAUCGAAUGAUUAAUAGAAAUUUUAAUAAUAUCUUAGAAUGAAAAAAUUAAUAAUUGUAUGAAAAUCAAUGAACAUUAGAUGUUAAUCAACGAACUUUCGCCACGUAAUCCAAAAGCAACGUAAAAGAUUACGCAUUUUGAGACCUUUUAAUACGUACGUGUUGUUCCGAGCAUUCGUUUUUAUUCAUCAGUGACGAGCAUUACUCCUAUCAUCGUAUCUACUUAGCCGUGUAAUGUUUAACGUAUUCUGGAGAAUGAAAAACAGUAGAUAAAGUGAAGAAGAAGAUACUAAAUAAAUAUUAUUAUUAUUUAUCGUACGUCAGUGUAUUAUUCUUUUGGCUUAUCGACCAUUUGACCUCGACUUGAUUAACUCCACAACUCUAAACGACAAGAUGAGCAGCGUAGAAGAACAACCAGGACCGUCACAGCCUUCAGGCUCUGCCAGUAAAGACAAAGAAAAAGAGGACCGAAUGUUUGAAUGCAAUAUUUGCUUAGAUACUGCCAAAGAUGCUGUUGUAAGCCUGUGUGGUCAUCUGUUUUGUUGGCCCUGUCUUCAUCAAUGGCUUCAGACUCGACCUAGUAGACAAGUUUGUCCAGUUUGCAAGGCAGCUAUUAGCAAAGAAAAAGUCAUUCCACUUUAUGGAAGAGGAACAUCAAAACAAGAAGACCCAAGGAAUAAUGUACCACCUCGACCAGUUGGCCAAAGAUCAGAACCUGAAGGAAAUACUGGAUUUUCUGGACUUGGAUUUGGGGACGGUGGAUUUCAUAUGUCUUUCGGCAUAGGUGGUUAUCCGUUUGGAUUUUUCAUGUCGACACUUAAUUUUGGAGACGCGAGACCAAGUACAGCACCACGAGGCACACCACAAUAUGAAGAUGAUUCAUACAUAUCUAAAGUUUUUCUUUGGCUGGCGAUUAUUUUCAUCGGAUGGCUUUUAAUGGCAUAGUCAUCAAUGGCUUCGGUAUUACUUUUAUUCUAAAAACUUUUACAAUAAAAUAUUCAUACAUAUAUUGAUAGUAUCAUAGUCGCUGAAUUUUGUCUUUUCUAUAAUUAAAGUUUAAAAAAGUAUGGCGACUUAAUUCCGGAACUAUUAGCAAAUAGAGUUCUACCUUAAUCCGCAAAUGUUUCAAUAUUUAAUUCUGUUAGAAAUUUCAACUUUCAUUAAAUACCUGAUAGAAAAGAAAGAUACAAGCAACAGAUUACAAAACAGCUAUAUAAGUUCUUAUGAAUUAAUAAACAACAUGGUAAGCUACUUUGGUAUAUUGUAGGUGUUUAUUCGGUAAUAAAUUUGAUAUAAACUUAAUGACAAAAAAGUCCGAAUUUGUGUUAAACGCAAUAUAAAAUCAUGUAUAUAUAAAUGUAUCUUAUUAAUAAUAAGGAUAGUUUAACCUACUUCUAUAUUUAAUGGAGUGAUAAAAUAACAUAAACAAUUUCUAUAAUGUUGAAAAACAUGCUUGGGAAUGAAUAGUAAU